CGGGGAGGAGUCAUGUUAGAAGAAACUGGGAGCCGAGAGCCGCCAUUCUCCUUGAAGACCACGGCGCUGAGAGUGUUUGACCUCCCGCUGUCUUGGUACUAUUCCCUGAUCCAGAUCAAAUUUUCUCCCGGGGUUAAGAAGCUGUUUGCAGUGACCGCGGUGAGCGCAGUAUCUGUCCUUUUUCUGGCCCAUCACUUUAAAAGAAGACGUGGAAAGAAAAAAAGGAAAGGGUUUCCAUGGGAACCUGGGCAUCUUGCCCUGGAAUGUGCUAAAACAGCAGCGUCUGAAAAAGGUUCUAGCUGUUCCAGCAGCCGACAAAACCUGACCCUGUCUCUGAGUUCGGCUAAAGACAAAGGGUCUCAGUCCGGCGUCUACACCAAUGGAGGGCUUUUCAGCAAAUACUCGGGCUCCGUCCAGAGCUUAGCCUCGGUCCAGAGUGCCAAUUCUUGUCAUAGCUGUGCUUGUGGUAACUCCAAUUCCUGGGACAAAACGGAUGAGGAGGACUUAAAACUUGUCAAUAUUCCUGUGACCACUCCCGAAAACCUGUACUUGAUGGGUAUGGAGCUGUUUGAAGAGGCCUUGCGUCGCUGGGAGCAGGCGCUUACCUUCCGCAGCAGACAGGCCGAAGAUGAAGCCAAUUGCGGCGCCAUCAAGCUGGGUGCGGGCGACGCCAUUGCUGAAGAGAGCGUGGAGGACAUCAUCAGCGCCGAGUUCAUCCACAAGUUGGAAUGUCUGCUGCAGAGAGCCUACCGCCUGCAGGAGGAGUUUGAAGCCACGCUCGGCGCGUCUGACCCCAAUUCCCUCGCUGCUGACAUCGACAAAGACACAGACAUCACGGUGAGGGGGAACAUGGACGAUUUUGGCCUCCGAGACACGCUGAGCAUUGCCUCGACGGAUUCCUUUGUUUCCGCAACAGAGCUCACAGAACACCGGGAGGGGCGACAUGCGUACAGCCUGGACCCUCUCUGCCACUGCCCACUGUACGAAGAAGCCAUGCACUUGGUCGAAGAGGGGAAAAUUUACUCCAGGGUCCUUAGAACUGAAAUGUUGGAGUGCCUUGGAGACAGCGACUUUCUUGCCAAGCUUCACUGUAUCCGACAGGCUUUCCAGGUCAUUCUUUCAGAAACAGCCAACAGGACAUUUCUUGCUGAGAGUGGAAGAAAAAUUUUAUCAGCUUUAAUUGUGAAGGCAAGAAAGAAUCCAAAGAAAUUUGAAGAUGUUUUUGAUGAAAUGAUCUAUUUUUUAGAGCAAACAGACCACUGGGAGAGCACUGAGGUGGAGCUGGCCGCGAGGGGGGUGAAAAAUCUAAAUUUUUAUGACAUUGUCCUGGAUUUUAUAUUAAUGGACUCCUUUGAAGAUUUAGAAAACCCACCCACAUCUAUACAGAAUGUCGUCAACAAUCGCUGGCUGAACUCCUCCUUUAAAGAAACUGCCGUGGCGUCCAGCUGCUGGUCAGUGCUCAAGCAGAAGAGGCAGCAGAUGAAGAUUCCUGAUGGGUUCUUUGCUCACUUCUAUGCCAUUUGUGAGCACGUCAGUCCAGUAUUAGCCUGGGGCUUUUUGGGUCCAAGAAACUCCCUCUAUGAUUUAUGUUGCUUCUUUAAGGACCAAGUCCUCUAUUUUCUCAAAGACAUCUUUGAUUUGGAGAAGGUCCGCUAUUCCAGCAUGGAGACCCUGGCCGAGGACCUUAUGCAGCUGCUGAUGGGCCGCACCGAGCUUUUGAUGGCGUACCUGGGUACGGACACCCUGAGACACACAAGCAGCUGUGUGAGUGGUCAUAGCCACACCAUGUCCAGCGGUCUGGUGGAAGCCAGAGUCCAGUGAGGGGCCAGGCCAUGGGGGUGAAGUAUCGAGGGACGAAUGGGUGGACGGACGGACGAAAGGAUGAUCAGGCUGGACGUACCUUCAACAGGGCCAUAAUCCCUAGAAAACCUCAUUUCCAAAAUGUGUGUUUUUCACAAUUGUUGCUUGUGAUUGAAGUUCAUCCUUGUUCCAUGGAGGUGAUUGACUGACCCUUUGGAGGACUCUGGUGUGAACUGUUGAGUAAACAUUCUCAAAAGCCUUGCCUUGGCACGUAGCACCCAGCAGGUCACUGCUCUGACCAAGGGCACCCCCAGCUUCCCUGUUUUUCCCAUGUGGCACACUGUUCAUUCAUUAGGUUACAUCUCAGUGACAGUGUAUUUCACUUUGCCUUGAAAAUGCAUCUGUGCAUAUCAGCCAUCUCCUUUUGUACUGAAGCCCAAUUAAAUAAUGCAGGAAAUAGAAAUGUCCACCGUUUAGGCAGUAGCGAUGUCUGAUGUGUGCUGUUUGUAUCAUUGUCUAUGUCAUUUUAUCAGAAAAAUUGCUGUGGCUCCUCAGUGUCUGUGUGAUCCGUUUCCAAGAAUCCACCCUUUGGGGUCACAGUGGAAGGUUUCUUGGUCAGGCCUGCUUCUGAUUCUGUAGGUUACAAUCAAGAGGCAAAGACCCUCCGUCUCUCUGGCAGAGAGGACUUGGAAGGCUUUCUUCCCCUCUUCUUCUCUCAUUGAAAUUGCCCCUUCAUGAGCUCAGCUUCAGUGGGAUGUCCCCAGGAAUUUCAGAUUGUAUGUGGCGUUGUGUGAUCCCAUACAGGAGACACCUCCCACGCCCCAGCACGUGAUCGCUUCUGGCAAGACACUAGCUCUUGGGCAGUUUUCUUUUUAACUCUGGUUUUUUCCCUCCAGAUUUAACCCCAAGAGUGUUUCCCGACCUAAGCGAUUUGGUCAUUUCAGGAUCCAUGUGAUGGAUGCAUAAACCAGUGAAUGCACUGCGCUCUAUUCUGCGCAUGGGCUUCUUCAGCUGGGUUAGGGGCUCUGGGUGAGGGGCAGGAGCCCCCGGAGGGAGGGAAACCUUUUCCUCCUGAGUUGUCUUUUGUUCGCCCUAAGGAGUUCUCUCUUAGGUGACCUAGAGUGGUUUUAAACAGCAUUUUAGAUGAAAGUGCCUGGUUUCUCUUCAUCGAGAUGUCAGCACGAAGCAGGAAAAUUGUCAUCAUUGUUUUAAAUGAGAAUCUGCCCAGUGUUGACAUAAUAGGAAUGACUUCUGGAUUAGGAUAGUCAGAAUGUGUGUUUGCCCAAGUUCAGGUGGUGACCACUGUACCUGGCCUGGGGUUAUCCAAGAGACAAGAUGGAUGGUUCCUUCAGGUUUUAUUUUCCGAUUUGGAGUCUCCUGUGUAUUGGGAGGGCUUACUUAGCUUUACAGCCUUUGUGCCAUGAAGUUUUAUUUGAUUUUUAUUUUUCCUUACAACUUGGGCAGAAAGGAGUUGUACUUUAUGAACGUGUCUCUACUUUCUGAUUGAACAUUUUGAAAUGUGAUUUUAUUUCCAUGAUUAUUAUAAUUGUUGUAGUCAUCUAUUUUAGCAACCAAACUAUGGGGGGAAAUUUUGUAUAGUAUUUUUAUGUUUGACAAAAGAUUUGUCUGAAAUCAGUUUUGCACUAUUGAAUGCGAUGCUGUUACCCUAUGACACCUGAAAGUUAAUUUCAUUGGCCAGCGUAUACAUAUUUACGUUCCCCUGAAAGCAUAUUCAAUAUAUGUGUUCUCUCUUAUGGAAUUUUUACUCCAGAAAUGGACAAUUAUAUGCAAGUGUUUGGUUAGUUAUGCAAGGAUUGUCCUCUUCCAUAUUCCAGUGCAGUUUCUGUGGAAGGAAGUGGGCCAGCUCACCAACUGCCUUCUAACUCAAGGAUUUCUGUUUUGGCCUUCAAUUAAAGGGAUGGUAGUGACCAAAUAGGAUUUCAGGGAUUUCCAUGUGGAAAAGGUCUCUCCUCUAGGAAGAGAGCUUAUCUUGGCCUAAUGUGGAGAAGAGCUGUCUUUCUGAAAAAGGAUGUUUACAAGAGCAGAGGAGCCCAAGAGUCAUGGAUAUCUGUGUCCGUUUGCCUUAAAACUGGAUUAGAAACACACAGAGCAUCUUUUGCAAUAUUAGAUAAAGCAGAUUUUAGUCGCAUGAUCUAAAAUCUCUGUGGGGUCAAAGCCUAGCUCAUUUUUUGUGGAGUUGAUUACAGAGGAAACAUGGGAUCUGCAUCAGACACACCUGUUUGCAGGUCGCCAAAGGCUCUUUCAGUAGUCUUCGGCAGGAGACAGUAGUCAGUGUGGAGGUGAUGUGCUGACCUCUCUUUCCAUUCCCCAGGAUGGUUAGCCACAUAGAUUUCCCACUCACUUGAAAGGCCAGACCUUUUCUUCUUUGAGGGUAGCACUUUCGUGUGUUACAUAUGUUACCAAGAAGCAAGGGAAUACGUUUAAAAUUCAACUAGCAGAUUUUUCUAGGCACACACCCUGUGCACAGCUCCAAAGGACCAGCAUUUCUUUAAGCUUCGGAAGUAGGAAUGCUGAAGAGAAAUGUCAGCGGCCUUCUCCAUAGCUUUUCACACUCGGAAGUCAAGAUUUGCAUGAAUUCCCCCAUUUGGCUUUGCAUUUUGACUGCAAAAACAUCAGGAAAGAGUUUUCAAUGUAGACUUUGGAGUCAUGACAUGACUUGGCAGGAUCUGGAAAAAGACUUUGUGGUUUGUUUUGACCAGUGUGGAAAUGUCCUUGUAGAUGAGCAUGGUUGGUAAUGGUGUCAUCCUUUAUCUGUUCUUAAUGACUGAACUCUUGUUAAAAUUGCUUGUUUUGUUUGGUGGAAACUAUGUAUUAAUUGAAAUUAGCCAAUGCCAAGAGCUGUUUUCUUUUCUUACCUAAAUGUGCAGUAUGGCUCUCAUUCAUCUAUAUAACAAUGAAAUACUAUUAAAUAUCACCAUAGCAGAAAAAUUGCACUGACUGUCUCUGUCUCUCCCCCAACCUAUAAUAGAUAUGAAUGUGUUUCUAUUAUUGCCAAAUAAAGGACUGAUAAUCCCUUUUA